CAAACAAACGAAAUCGGGGGAUUAAAGAGGCUAAACAUCCCUCUAGCGGCCAGCAGCUCCAGCGGUUGGGUGUAGCUCUACAGGAAAGGAGAGGCUGUGCUCGGAUUAGGGGGUUGGGCUGCUUUGCUUGACUGAAAACCUGCAGCCAGACGUCCAGCUUGUCAUCGGCGGCGCAGCUUUGCUUUCCCCGCAGCUUCCAGCAUCAGCAUCAGCCUCCAGCAUCACCUGCUCCCACUGCUCCAUCCUCUCCCUGCCGCAGCGCAGAGCCAGCGGGCGGACCGGGACCAACAGCUGAAAGAGCAGAUCUAGAGGGAAAUAAAGGAAUAUUACCAGGAGGCUGAAGAUGGUGAAACUGGGGAGCAAUCUUCAGGACAAAGGGGCCAAAGCUGUGAGUAUUGAGGAUGGCUUCCAAAAUGUGCCCCUCAUCACUCCUCUGGAUGUUGGCAGCCUGCAGAGCCAAGACCCUGAAAAGGUGGUGGUGAAAACUCGGACAGAGUACCAGACUGAGAAGAAGCGGCUGAAGGUUCCGAAGGUGGAGGAGUUUACUAUCAGCUUUACCGAUGGGGUUUCUGAGAGACUCAAGGUGACAAUUCUGAUUAUCCUGGCCUUGGCCUUCCUUGCCUGCAUCGUGUUCCUGGUGGUUUAUAAAGCUUUCACUUACGACCAUGCCUGCCCAGAUGGAUUCAUAUAUAAGCACAAGCGGUGCAUCCCUGCUUCACUCGAGGCUUACUAUGCCGCUCAAGAUGCCAAUUCAAGGGGUCGUUUCUACACGGUGAUCAGCCACUACAGUAUGGCUAAGCAAACCACCUCCCACUCUGUCUCCCCCUGGCUGCCCGGAGGGGCGGCGGGGCACGAAGCUAAACCGCCAAGUGGUGAGGGCCACUGAGUUCACCAAAUGGUUGCUGGAUGUAAAGAAAACACACGAACAUAAAGAUACAACUAUGUGAAACAAAAUGAAGGUAGAUUAGGAUCCAGAAACACAUGUUGGUAAAUAUUUAGAAGUGUAGGCAAAAGAAACAACAAGUAUAGAAUAAAAUCAUGCAUGCAGACAUUGAGUCAGCGUAGAUUUAGGUCAUCCUGAUCAUUGCAACAGCUGCUAGUGAACAAAGAUAACUGAACUUCCUCUCUUGGUUCUUAAAGAUUUUGCUUCUUUAUUUAAAUAAAGUACCGGGAGUUCAGUUGUCUUUCAUUUCAGCUCUGUGGACAUUCAGACAUGCAGACACAUGCUUAGUUCAAUUCAUACAAAGGCACAUUUUGUUCACUACCCUUUCUUCUAAUUUGUUACUCGUUGUCUGCUUCUUUUUACUGUAACUUAUCAAUGCUUUUGUAAGUGAUUCCCAUUAUUUGUAAAAAAUAAAAAUAAAAAACACCAGUUGCAGGGAAAUGUUACAUUUCCUUUAGUUCAGAUGCUGUCAUUCUUUAAGUGUUACAUAUAAGUAUAUAAGUGUGCAUAUAUUUCCUCACAUAAUGUCUUUUUUCCUUAUUUUCUUUCAUAGAUUUUAACUGUUUUUUAAUGAAUCUCUCCAGCACUUCCACCUUCACCCAUAACCAUUUAUGAGUUGCCAUUUUAUAACAUAUACAAAACGUUAAUUUUCAGUGUACUGUGCCAUAAAUUCCCCUGUUUAGUUAAGCUGUACAUAAAAUUUAGCAUUGAGAUUAGCUUUGUGUUUACGCGCUGUAGUAGCAGGUUUCUCUUUAGAGAUUUUGAUUAGAUCUUUGAACAUUUUUCUGGUGUUGCCAGCCUUGUAGCCUUUGGGAACAUAGUGUUUUAAAAAGGAAAUGUUCUGUACAUCACUGUCCCUCACCAAGAUUCUUCAACUUUGUAGCAUUAUGUUCAUAGAUGGGCUUCAACUGCAGCUAUAUUUUCUGUAUUGCCUUUUUUCCACUCCUUAUUUUUAAACUGGAUAUGUUAUCAAAGCACUUCAGUAAGAUAUUGUGAUGUCAUCAAAUGUAUUGAUACCUGGUGUAAUUUCUCAGUGUGCCACCUUGUCUCUGCUCUUUGUUUGAAUUGAGAAUAAAAAAAAACUGUGACCUGUGCUGAGCGUCUGU